AUGAGCAAGUCCGCACCCUCAGACAAAGACGCGGGGUUCAAGCGUGCAAACGAAAUCAGCAGCUCCAUGCUGGGCAUGCCAGGAUAUGCCGAUGACUCCAUGCUAUUCGUCGUCCGGUUUGCCAAUAAACUCAAGACUCGGCUCAGCCAGAGAGACCACGACCAGUUCUGGAAGUCCCUCGACGCCAUGACCAAGGCCAGCGCCAGGCCCGCUGAGGAAUUCGGUGGUGUCGAGGGCCGCGCCCAACACGUCUCGGAGCUGCGACAGGCCACCCUCGAGUCUGUCAAGGACUACCCGGACCUUGUCCAGGAGUUCGACCACUUCUGCAGCGUGUCGAGGGCGCAAUUCAAGAAGUAUAGGGGAGAGGCCCCCUCGGCUUCCUCCUCUUCAACACCAGCGACGUCGGAGACGAGCUGA